AUGUAUCAAAAUGAACAUAACACAGUUAUAUUAGAUGCUGCAAAUAGUCGUUUUCUUUUUUAUGAUAAUAAAACACAAGGUUCAAAUAAAUAUGAUUUAUAUGACGUAAAUAUUUUGGAUAAAAGUGAUGAAAUAUUUGAAAAGCAGAAAAUUUCCGAAAAAAAUAGUAUAUUAUCUCUCUUAAAAGAACAAAAUGAACAACAACAACAAAAAGGUUCAAUAGUAAAAGAUGCAUUAGAUGAUUCUAAUACAACAAUAAUUAAUAAUAUGGAUUUAUUUAUUAUUGAUGCAGAACAAUCUCAAACACGUAAAAUAAAUUAUAAUAAAACAAUUCUUGAAUCCGAUGAUAAUGAUUCAAAUAGACCAACAUUUGAUGAUAUUAUUAAAUUAGAUGAUGAAUCAUUUUUCGUUGUAGGUGAAUUAGAAGAUGAUGAAAUUGAUGAUAAUAAUAAGCAUCAACAAGAAGUAUUAUUUGAUAUUAAUGAUAAAAAUGAAAAUAAUGAAUCUAAUAAUAAUAAUAAAACAAAUAUUUCAAUUAAUAACAAUAUAUUAGAAAACAAAUGGUCAACGUAUGCUGAUAUAUGUAAAAAACCAAGUCUCAAGCCAAAAUCAAUUGAAAUUAAUUUAUUAGGAUUUGGGUGUAUGGAAAAAGCCACCUUUAAAAAAAAACUGCAUUCAAUUCAAUCACCAACAUCUUUAUUUGUUCAUAAUACAAACAACUACAGAUCAUCAUAUGUCAGCCAAUGCAAAAAAAAUUAUGGUAAACCACUGACGCACGUUUUAGUCUUUGAAGGUACGACAUCACCUGUUUAUUUUGAUACUGAAUUAUUUAAAGAAAUAACUUCAUCAUCUUCAUCAAUAUCAUCAGACAAAAAAAUAAUAUCAAUGAAAAUGUUAUUAAGAAAACUAUUACAACUUGAAAGAAUAAUAUUUUUUUUGUCAUUUUAUUAUAAAAUCGAAUUAUCUCAAUUUUUUUCUGGAUUGAUUUGCUUUCAUUUUUACCAUAAUUCGCAUAUUGAUACCAGUUUAAUGCUAAAAAAUAUUAUGUCUUCACAAUUUAGUCAAGCUAUACCACUUCUAUUUCGAUUGUAUUCAAUUGAUCAAUUCAUUCUGACUUAUUAA